AUGAAUAAGAUGUCUGUUCUCCGCCUCUUGAGCGUCAAGAGAGUGCAGUCAUUCAGAUAUAUAAGGGAAGAAGAGGUUGCUCUUUUGAUCGAGAAGAUAUCUCACGCAUGUCAGUUGUGCAACUCAAUUAAUCUAAGCGAGUUACUUACCAUUAUAUCCGGUAACUUGAUUUCUAGAGCUGCUUUCAGUAGCAAGUUUGAAGAAGAAGAUGAUAAUAGCAGACGGAUCGGGCCUUUGACAAGGGUGGUAAUGUCACUUUUGGGAAUCAUUUUGGACAUGUUUAUUGGUGGAAGUGAUAUGAAGGCCAUUACUGUGGAAUGGAGCAUGACCGAACUCAUCAGGAAUCCCAAAGUGAUGAGAAAAGCCCAAGAAGAAGUUAGACGUGUUGUGGGUAAGAAAUUCAAGUUUGAAGAAGAUGACAUUCCUCAAAUGGCUUAUUUAAAAGCUGUUACCAAAGAGACUCUAAGAUUACAUCCUCCUGCUCCCUUUUUGAUUCCAAGAGAGUCCACUAGAGCUAUCAAUGCUAAUGGCUACCAUAUCCCAGCUAAAACCAGAGUCUUCAUCGAUGUUUGGGCAAUUCAAAGAGCGGUUGAAGGUCAGAGAACCCAAAAUGGCAGAAGGUUGGAGAGAAAGGCGCAUUAA